CGAGUUAAUGUUUUGAUUGAAUCGAACUUUUUUCUUUUGUUGUUGAUUAUUGAUCAGUUGGUAAUAUUUAUCUAUUCGAUUUCAUUUCUUUUUUUCCCACCAAUCGGAUUAUGGAUGAACUUGUCGAUGAACUUAGUGGUACGACUAUCGACGAAGAACCUCGAAAAAGUGGACAGCAAAAAUCAAAGAAUACAAAACCAGUAAAUAGAUGUGCAUCGAUAAUAAAUCGUUCAAAAUUAUUAAUCUUAAGCGAUUCUGAAAGUAAUGAUGAUGAAAUAUUUGAGAAACAAUGUACAAGUAAAUAUUCACGUUUUUCUAAACAACGAAAUCCAAGCUGGAAAGCCAAAGAACAUUCCAAGAUUGUGCCGAAAAGGAAAAGAAAUUCUGGAUCAUCGUUAGAUGUUCAGGCUGGUAAUACAAUAAUAUCAUCAUUGUUAAUGGAUUCAUUGAUGGAAGAUAAGGCACGAAAAAAAAUUGAUCCAAAGAUGGAUGUUGAUAAAUCUUCUUCUAGUGAUCUUUCCGAUGAUUGUCCUACCGAAUGUAAUUUUGAUGGUGAUGAUGAACAAAGUGAUUUUUAUGAUUGUAGCCAGGAAAAUCGAUCCAAAAAUCAUAACCACCACCACCAUCAUCAUCAUCGUCAUAAUCAUCAUUCACAAAUUAAACAAAAACUUGAAUUCAAAAUACCUAAACCAGUGAAUCCAUUUUCUGUUGAUUUUGUCGAAACACACUCACCCAAUAAUCAUUGGAAACGACGAAGAGCUAUGCAUUAAUUUUCUUUAUAAUUUGUAUAUAAACUUAAACUAUUGUAAAUGAAAUUGUAAAUAAAAAAAAUUAAAUUUCUCUUCACA